CCACUCUUCUUUCUUCUGUUGCGUUGCGUUGUUGCGUUGCGUUGCAAAAGGUGAAGAGGCAUCAGAGGAGAGAGAGAGAGGCUUUGAAAUCCGCAAUCAUCGCCUGCUUUGCCGCUCUCUCAUCAGUCCUCAUCAUUGCUGCUGCUGCUGCGGCCUCGAAUCUACAGCAAUGAAACUCGAGCCUCAAAUGGGAAGGGGAAGGAGGAAGUGUGGGGCGAUGGAGGAGAGCAGCGUUCACUUUGCCGGUGACUUCCAAUGCGACUUUUUGGGCUGAGAUCUAGCUCGAUCCGUGCACCGACGACUAAGUUCUACCGUUCCGAGGCUUGUUCUAGGUCGCUGUGGAGCGAGAUCUCCACGCUUGGUUUUGGUGUGGCCAUUUUCUAAUUAUUGAAUCAUAUCUGGAUUGGAGAUAGCUUGGGCCAGUGAGGGAGAAUUCCAGAAUGGAGAAUUAUGAGGUUUUGGAACAGAUAGGGAAAGGUGCAUUUGGGUCUGCUUUGCUGGUGAGGCAUAAGGUUGAGAACAAGCGGUAUGUCCUGAAAAAGAUCCGUUUAGCUCGACAGACCAACAGGACCCGGCGGUCUGCCCACCUGGAGAUGGAACUAAUUUCUAAAGUGAAGAAUCCAUUUAUUGUAGAGUACAAAGAUUCGUGGGUUGAAAAGGGAUGCUAUGUAUGCAUUGUGAUAGGUUACUGCGAAGGAGGUGACAUGGCUGAAGCCAUAAAGAAGGCGAAUGGACAUCUUUUCUCUGAGGAGAAACUUUGCAAGUGGUUGGUGCAACUCCUUAUGGCUCUUGAAUAUUUGCACAAGAAUCAUAUUCUUCAUCGUGAUGUUAAGUGUUCAAAUAUAUUUCUGACAAAAGAUCAAAAUAUACGACUUGGUGAUUUUGGUCUUGCUAAAAUUUUAUCCUCAGAUGAUCUGGCAUGUUCUGUUGUUGGCACUCCUAGUUAUAUGUGCCCAGAACUUCUCGCUGAUAUACCAUAUGGUUCCAAAUCCGAUAUCUGGUCUCUAGGCUGCUGUAUCUACGAGAUGACUUCUCUCAAGCCUGCAUUCAAAGCUUUUGAUAUGCAGGGUUUGAUAAAUAAAAUCAACAAAUCAAUUGUGGCUCCUCUACCGAGUUCCUAUACUGGUGCAUUUAGGGGACUAAUUAGAAGCAUGCUCAGAAAAAGCCCCGAACAUCGACCAACUGCUGCAGAGCUGCUGAAGCAUCCACAUCUUCAACCGUACGUGCUUCAAGUCAAUCUAAAGUGUAGCCCUUCACGGGCGUGUUUCAAUUACAAUCGCAAAAUCAGAUUUAAAGAUGACAAAACUGAUCCUAUUUACAAAGAUAGAAAAAGGAUAUCGCUAGGAGAUGAAAUGAACUACAAACUUGGUGACACUGUGGAGCAGAAAUCCUUGAGUUCCACUCGAACUAUUAGAGAUUUUUCUGAGUAUCAAAAUCGAAGGAUAAAGAAUCUUUCUGUUGGCAGCAGUCAAAUUGGUGAGAUAGGCAUUGAGAGAGCUACGAGUGGAAAACACACAAGAACGGUUAAAACCAUAAAACACAGUCCUGUUAGAAUUUCAAGAACUCCUAGACCACCAGUGGAGACCUCAAAGACAUUUCGCACAAGACCAAAGCAUGAACCGAUAACAUCGCGAACUCCACCUGAUAGAAGUGUUCAUCACAUUGUUCGUAGAGCAUCUCUUCCUUUAGCUACAGCUACAUUCGAGAGCCAUCACAAGUGCAAUCUUGAGAUUCUUCACCGACUGGAGUCCCCUGAUGUCUCAGUCAACUCCCCUCGAAUAGAUAGAAUUGCAGAAUUUCCAUUAGCCUCCUAUGAAGAUCCUUUGUUGCCUAUUCGCAGACUCUCUUCAGCUCAUGGCUCUUCUACGACCCCACACUACGGUGAUCGAUCAAUCACAAAGGACAAAUGCACAGUCCAAAUCUUCCGAACCGAAGGCGACCAUGGGAGCCACUCUUCAGACCGAAAUCCGAUCGCCACAGACAUGUCCAGCCGGGGAUCAUCAGAAUCAAGGCAGAGGAGGUUUGAUACCUCAUCGUACCAGCAGCGAGCCGAAGCCUUGGAGGGUUUGCUGGAAUUCAGUGCUCAGCUGUUGCAACAGGAGAGGUUCAACGAGCUGGGGGUCUUGUUAAAGCCGUUUGGUCCUGGAAAAGUCUCCCCGCGAGAAACUGCAAUAUGGUUGACCAAAAGUUUCAAAGAAACUGUACAGUGAUCUGUAUGAUCAUUAGGUCCUAAUCUAUGCAUAGAAAACCAGCAGAAGGGUGAUCAUAAUACUCAUUGACACCAGACCUCAAAAAGUUCUUGCUACAGUGUUGAAUUUGCAGUUGCUGUUAGGGUUACAAGUGAAGUCUAAGUUAGCUACUCGAUCUACUUUGAUGAUAUUUUUAUCAUCAAAUUACAGAUACUACAAUUUAGAAAAGUACUGAAACUGCUGCAGUUAAUUUCUGUCAUAUAUAACUUUUAAUCACGUGUUAAAUAAAAGAAAGCACUUGACAGAAAGUAUGAUGUAUAUAUAAUUACUCUGAAAGUAGUUUUGUUGCUAGGAGUUUUUUUU